AUGAAAAGAAAGACGACUGAAGGCUCAGGAUCCGAAUCAGACAGCGAUGCCGCACCGGAUAUCGUCGAUGUCGACUUUGACUUUUUCAAUCCCGAGCAGAUCGACUACCACGCCUUGAAGAGACUUUUUGGACAGUUGUUUUCCACUGACGCAGAGCUUAUCAACUUGGGUGAUAUUGUGGAUAUCCUUUUGGAGGAAAAUCAUGUGGGCACCACUGUCAAAGUGGAUGGCCAGGAAUCCGAUCCUUAUGCUAUCCUCAGCAUCAUCAAUCUGAAUCAUUUCAAGGAUAAUGAAGGUGUUAAAUCAUUACGAUCCUAUCUGUUGAGCAAAUGUCCCAAGAAGAAUGCCGACACCAUCAAUGCAAUCAUGGCGCCCGAAUCCAAGAAACACGUAGGAUGGGUGGUGUCAGAGAGAUUCAUCAACAUGCCUAUGGAGAUCAUGCCCCCAAUGUAUAACAUGAUGCAAGAGGAAACAAAGCAAGCAAAGCAAAACGGCGAGGCUUAUGAUUUUGAAUGGUACAUGUUCAUUACCAAGACUUAUAAGGAGGUUGAACCUGUGGUGGAUAAGGAAGAGGGCGAAGAUGAGCCUGUUGAGCAACCCAAGAAGAAGGCAAAGAAAAAGGCAGCAUCAGCAGCAGAAGGCGUAUUGGAACAAGACACCGAGACAUUCUACUUUCAGCCUGAAGAUGAAGUGAUCAACAAGUACGCACAACAUCAAUUUGACUACAAGUUCACCAACCGUGAAAAGGAAUCAUCAUCAGAUGCUCGACGGGCCUUUUCUGAUUUUGGCAUUGCACCUUUUCGACGUUUGAUGUUUGUCCACCACUCCAAGAUGGAUGCUCUGGUUAAGGAAAUUGAAAAGACUUGCUCGAUGCCCACUGCUUAG